AUGAAUGUACAAACAUAUGGAGUGACACCUCCAAUAUCAGUCGCUAAUCCAACUCCAAGAGAGAAUGAAUUGAACGAUCUUUUAAUAAAGGAAUUAAAAGUCCGGGGCUCAUUUGAAAGUGAGGCUGCAACCAAAAAGCGAGUAGAGGUUUUGAAUAUUCUUCAAAAGAUGACUGAAGAAUUUGUCUAUAGGGUGUCUCUUAAUAAGAAUAUGUCUGAAGGAAUGGCAAAAGAUGCUGGUGGAAAGAUAUUUACAUUUGGGUCUUAUAGAUUGGGAGUUUAUGGGCCGGGUUCUGAUAUUGAUACUUUGGUUGUUGUACCCAAGCAUGUGAACAGGAACGAUUUCUUCGAAGUGUUCUAUGAACUUCUUCAAAAAAGAAAAGAGCUAGAAGAAAUAGCACCGGUACCGGAUGCAUUUGUUCCUAUCAUAAAGAUUGAAUUCAAUGGAAUUUCGAUUGAUUUGAUUUUCGCAAGACUAGAUAUUCCGAGGGUUCCCAUAGACCUAAGUUUAGAUGACAAGAAUUUGUUAAGAAAUAUAGAUGAAAAAGACCUUAGAGCAUUGAAUGGAACUCGUGUUACUGAUGAAAUAUUGACUUUGGUACCGAAGCCGACUGUAUUCAAACAUGCUUUGAGAUGCAUAAAAAUGUGGGCACAGCAACGAGCAAUAUACGGAAAUGUUUAUGGAUUUCCUGGUGGUGUAGCCUGGGCUAUGCUAGUUGCCAGAAUAUGUCAACUCUAUCCGAAUGCGGUCAGUGCUGUUAUUGUGGAGAAAUUUUUUCAUAUUUAUUCGCAAUGGAGUUGGCCGCAACCAGUAUUGUUGAAACAUAUUGAAGAUGGCCCUCUACAAGUACGUGUUUGGAAUCCAAGACUUUAUGCCCUUGAUAGACUGCAUCGAAUGCCAGUCAUUACCCCUGCUUAUCCCUCAAUGUGUGCGACGCAUAAUAUCACCGCGUCAACACAAAAGGUGAUUCUUAGUGAAUUUAAACGAGGAAUUGAAAUCAUGAACGAUAUUUCGGUUGGAAGAAAACAGUGGUCGGACUUACUUGAGAGACACACUUUCUUCCAUACGUACAAAUUCUACCUAUGCAUUGUUGCCGCUACCAAAUCUACCCACGACGAGCAUGUCAAAUACGCAGGGAUGGUCGAAAGUAAAUUGAGGUUGUUGGUCCAGAAAUUGGAAAUAGUUGAAGGUAUUGAAUUGGCGCACCCAUACGUUAAGGAGUUUGAGAAAGGAUUCUACUGCAGAAACGAAAAAGAAGCAGAAUUAGUCUUAAGUGCUGAUGGCACAUUGAGUGGUGAUGAACUUACAAGGUCAAUACCUAGCACUGAUGCUAUCCAAGGUCACACACAAGUAGAAGGCGAGACUGAGUUACAUCUUACAAAACUCUUUAUUGGGUUGAAGUUGGAUUUGCAGAAGGACGGUGGAAAGAAAUUAGAUAUACAGCAUCCAUGCUCGGAGUUCUACAACAUCUGUAAAGGUUGGCAGGAUUUUGACAUCAGUAAGCAUUUGAUUCAAAUAAAGAAUGUUAAGUUGUACGACUUGCUGAGCGAAGUAUACAUUGAAGGUGAGCAAAGGCCAACAAAAGUGGCAAAACGAAAAAGGGCUCUUUCGAAAAAUGAGGGUCAAAAGAAAGCCAAAAGUACUACCACAGUUACUCCUGUAGCCAGUAGAUAG